AUGCCUUUCUGGUGGUCGCAGUGGGGGAAACACGCUUUCUUCCAUUCCGCCCUUCUUUUUUCCUCCGUGCCAUAUGUGAGGGUCAUAGAGGCGGCAUGGCGACGGCAUGCCUGUGCUGCGGGAAUGGGAUUCCUCCCACAGAGCCAAGCAUCGCGGAAUGUCAGUUCCCAUCGCAAUCUUGAUUUUUCAAGCCAGCAGAGGCAUCACCACCUGGAUUCGAGGGGGAUACCAGCCUCGUGGCGAGAGUUUAUUAGAAUAUUCAAUAUUCGCAGGCAUCCACCAGAAUCCAGAUCGAUAGAUAGCCAAGGUUCUUCUCCAGGCGACGGCGUCCGUGUGAUUUCCCUCUAG